CGCGCAGUGGCCCCUCAGGUACGCGGACAAAAUGGCGGCGGUAGCGGGGGACAGCGCUAUGGAGGUGGUGCCGGCGCUGGCCGAAGAGGCCGCGACCGAAGCGACGGGCCCCAGCUGCCUGGUGCAGCUGCCCGGCGAGGUGCUGGAGUACAUCCUUUGCAGCGGCUCCCUCACCGCGCUGGACAUCGGCCGCGUGUCCAGCACCUGCCGUCGCCUGCGCGAGGUGUGCCAGAGCAGCGGCCAGGUGUGGAAGGAGCAGUUCCGGGUGAGGUGGCCCUCCCUGAUGAAGCACUACAGUCCCACUGACUACGUCAAUUGGUUAGAGGAAUAUAAAGUUCGGCAGAAAGCUGGCUUAGAAGCCCGGAAGAUUGUAGCCUCCUUCUCCAAACGGUUCUUUUCAGAGCACGUUCCUUGUAACGGCUUUAGUGACAUUGAAAACCUUGAGGGUCCAGAGAUAUUUUUUGAGGAUGAGCUGGUAUGCAUCCUAAACAUGGAAGGAAGGAAAGCUUUGACUUGGAAAUACUACGCAAAGAAAAUCCUUUACUACCUGCGGCAGCAGAAAAUCCUCAACAACCUCAAAGCUUUCCUGCAGCAGCCGGAUGACUACGAGUCCUAUCUUGAAGGUGCCGUUUACAUUGACCAGUACUGCAACCCUCUCUCUGACAUCAGCCUCAAAGACAUCCAGGCCCAGAUCCACAGCAUUGUGGAGCUUGUGUGCAAAACCCUCCGUGGUAUCAACAGCCGACAUCCCAGCCUGACCUUCAGGGCAGGUGAGUCCUCCAUGAUAAUGGAGAUAGAACUCCAGAGCCAAGUGCUGGACGCCAUCAACUAUGUCCUAUACGACCAGCUGAAGUUCAAAGGGAACCGCAUGGACUACUACAAUGCCUUGAACCUGUACAUGCACCAGGUGUUGACCCGCAGAACAGGGAUCCCCAUCAGCAUGUCUCUGCUUUACCUGACCAUCGCCCGGCAGCUGGGGGUCCCCCUGGAGCCUGUCAACUUCCCAAGCCACUUCCUGCUGAGGUGGUGCCAAGGCGCAGAAGGGGCAACCCUGGACAUCUUCGACUACAUCUACAUCGAUGCUUUUGGGAAGGGCAAGCAGCUGACUGUGAAGGAGUGUGAGUACCUGAUCGGCCAGCAUGUGACAGCAGCGCUCUAUGGUGUGGUGAACGUGAAGAAAGUGCUGCAGCGCAUGGUGGGCAACCUGCUGAGCCUGGGCAAAAGGGAAGGCAUUGACCAGUCCUACCAGCUCCUCAGAGACUCCUUGGACCUGUACCUGGCGAUGUACCCAGACCAGGUGCAGCUCCUGCUCCUCCAGGCCAGACUCUACUUCCACCUGGGCAUCUGGCCAGAGAAGUCUUUCUGUCUUGUCUUGAAGGUGCUUGACAUCCUCCAGCACAUCCAGACCCUCGACCCGGGGCAACACGGGGCGGUGGGCUACCUAGUACAGCACACGCUAGAGCACAUUGAGCGCAAGAAGGAGGAGGUGGGCGUGGAGGUGAAGCUGCGCUCUGAGGAGAAGCACAGGGAUGUCUGCUACUCCAUUGGGCUCGUUAUGAAGCACAAGAGGUAUGGCUACAACUGUGUGAUAUAUGGCUGGGACCCCACCUGCAUGAUGGGGCACGAGUGGAUCCGAAACAUGAACGUGCACAGUCUGCCGCAUGGCCACCAUCAGCCCUUCUACAACGUGCUGGUGGAGGAUGGCUCCUGCAGAUAUGCAGCCCAAGAAAACCUGGAAUACAACGUGGAGCCUCAGGAAAUCUCGCACCCGGAUGUGGGACGCUACUUCUCAGAGUUCACAGGCACACACUACAUCCCAAAUGCAGAGCUGGAGAUCCGGUACCCCGAGGACCUGGAGUUUGUGUACGAGACAGUGCAGAACAUUUACAGUGCAAAGGAGGACACAGCCGAGUAGACUCAGGGGAUGUUACAUCUUUGCUGCUUCUGCUGCUACCUUCUAGGGGAACAGGAUUCCUGAAGGACAUGUGCUGGUCCCCCUGGAGUCCGCACAGGACAGCCACUUCACCAGCAGCCCUGGCUGCCUCCCCAGUUUAGAUGGUGUGUGCUCCUCCGGCCACAGAGACAGCGUUGCUCUCCGCUACACUAGUGAAUCAGUUGAAAGGCACCGUGUCCAGUGGCAUGGCUCGUCUGCUUGUCCCGUGGUGACAGUGUGUGACAUUCUGUCUUCAUGAGGUCUCACCGUCCACACUGCUCUUUCAUCCCCUUCCUAUCCCUGUCUCCAUCUACACUGUGUCGUCGUUUCUCCGGCUGGGCAGACGGGGUCCAUGUUUCCUGCUCCCUGGCACAUGGGCGUGCCCUGAGUCAGGACUGCCUGCCCCUUUCCUUGAGUUUGGUUGUACUCAGAUAAAGGCGUAGGGAUGGGAGUCAGAAUGAUUAGAAUUAUUAUUUUACUUUUUGCUAAUACAUGAAACACAGACUUCAAGUGUCCCCCCCCCCUUUUUUUUUUUAACUUAAAUUGGACACUGACAGCUUCUCCCUUCUCUCCCGCUGGGUCUGUGCCCACUUGUGCCCGUCGUGAGCUUCUGUCAUGUUACAUUGGUUCUCUGAGCAGAUGCACAGUAAUGGCCUUUCUGAGUGCUGUUCUCCACAUUCAUCAGCUGCUCCUUUAGGAAGACUGCUCCUUGUUUAGCCUUAGGAAUCCACUCCAGUGUCAUGAGUGGAUCCUAAGUUAUGGUCUGUUUCAGUAGUGAGGCCUGAAGAUGAAAAUUGCCCUUAAAACUUGUACCUCCUGGUCCCCAAAAACUUCUCGUCAGGAGAAUUAACUGAAAAAGCCUAGCCAGGGGAAACAGGUUUCAUGCCCUUGUCACUCCUUAGAGUCACAUCCAGACCCUCCAUUUUGAGAGUGUUGGGCUUGUGAGAAAAGGCAUGCAUGCUUUGGGCUUCGGGCUGCCAGUCUUAAGGCUCCAGGACGCUGGCUCCAGAAUGAGGCCUAGCCUCGGGUCAUCCCUGGCUUCUUUCUGCCUGAUGCUGUGAGUGUGAAGGGACUGAGCCUUUAGCAGGUCCCAGUGGGUGCCACCUGGUUCUCAGGUGAGCUCUCCUGUAGGAACUCACCCAGUGGGCUGACAGCACUUUCGCCCUGCGUUUAGAAUGAUGUUGCCCUAGAGAAUGGGGCCCCAGAGGGCUGCCUGCCAUGCGCGCCUGCCUACCUUCUGCAUGUGCAUCCUCACGCCACUUGAGAUGACCACUCCCUCCUCGACUGCCCUCCACCACCCCAGGAUGGCUGAGGGAGACCCUUAGGCAAUCUCCAGAAGGCUGAGAAGCCCGAGGCUCUUGCAGCAGCUGAGAGGCUCUUUCUUGUCCUGUCUGUGCCUCACCCAUCAGAGCCACUCAGCGGCUUUGCACUCGAAUUUGGGAUUUGACCACUCAGAGCAUCUGCCUGAGGUUGGGGGAUUUUAUUUACACCUACUCACUGAAAGGAGAAAAUCAACCCACAAGGAUUCACACCCUUGCAUCCCAGUACUAAGCCACAGAGCAUGCUGGGAGUUUCAUUGCUGGGCUUCUGCUUUGAUUUCCUUUUUUCCAUAGAGAAAUGUCAAAGCUGAGAAAGAUGGCUUUCCUCCCUGACCUGACUGUAAAUAUGUACCUAGACUGUUUUUAAAUGUGUUUCUUCACGAAGGCUUCGUUUGGCUGAGGGAGCCUGUAUCACCUGUGUAAGUUGGUAUUUGGGCACUUUAUAUUUUUCUAAAAAUGUGUUUUGGAUCCUGUACUCUAAUAAAUCAUAAGUUUCUUUUUAAAAAAUUUUCCAAAAGUUUUCUCCAUUUUAAAAAACCCUGUUAUAAAAAGUAGAACUUUCAGAAUGUUAAAUUUGCUAAAGAUUUGAUUAUAGCAACUUCUAACGAAUGCCAAGGUUUUGGGUUUUUUUGUUUUAUUUUGUUUUUUGGGUUUUUUUUGUUUUUUUUUGUUUUUUUCUUUUUGUACAACAAUUAAUAAAUGAACUUACCAAGAGAAACCACACCAGUGGCCUGCCCACUUUCAUUCAGUAUCAAGACAGGAGAAAGCAGGGUCUCUCCUGAUUGAGGUUAAAAAAAGAAAAAUAGCCAAGCCUAGUUUUCUUUUAACAUUUGCCGAGUGUCUUGCUGAGUGUAGACUUUCUGGACCCUGGUGACGGCUGGAAGAAGUGGCCAGCUGUCAGGGGAGCACUGCUGUUGUCUACCAGCUGAGAACUGCUCUUCGAGGAGGGAAAAGCAGGACGGCAGUGUCUGUUGGCGUGCCAGCUGCGCUGCACUCUACUCCGGGACGUCGUGCUGGAAACACGGGUGGGUCUGCUCAGAGUAAGACCUCUGCUCGCCUGCAGCUUGCUAGACAGAGAGGCCAGACAUGUCUUCCUCAGUAGGACCACGAGCUUGCCCAGCGCACACCCACACACUCCUGUAUAGCACCCCAGUUCCAGUUUCUGCGGCUAUCCUCAGAAGUGGGCUCAGAGGGAGCUGAGAUGUCCAAGGCUAGCCCGUCCCUGUCACCUCAGUUUGCCAGGACCUUGUUUUCUAGCUCGGGGUGCCAUUGUGGACUCAGUCAUGUGUGUCAGCAGCUGCUUAUGCUCUCAUUUGGAAGUGUUUCCUUCUUACAGUAGAUGGAGGCGGGCCAGCGGCAGGUAACUCUCCUAUAAAGACGGGCCGUUUCUUAGCUUUAGUCCUAACUGGAAGUGGAGGCAAUUGGAUGACCUGACCGGAGACUACAUUUACAAGCAUCUGCUCUGUCUACAUCCAGAUGUAGCCCAUGCUGUCCUUGUCUACCUGGCCUUGUUUGGACCGAACGAAAGAACAUGUAUGGAGGCAGACUUGAGACACGGGCUCUUUAUUGGAGAAUGCUGAUGGCUGUCGUGGCAGUGCUGGCUUAUGGAAGGUAAUGGCUUAAAUGGUCCCCUGGCCAUGUGCUAAGCAGAGCCAGAUCACCAAAUGCCUCACCUGCGCUGGUGACAUCUUUUGUUUGUCUUUCAAUUCCAAAGGUGUGUGUGAUGACCCCACUCCCUCAAGGCCGCUUGGAGGCAGGCUGCUGCUCUACUAGGCCUUGGUUUGGAUAGAGCUCUGCUGUGUAAAUGUAGGCUGGGCUGUCUGUGUAGGUGGGUGAAAGAGAAAACCACAACUGAACCCAGCCCUUCACAGCCAUGCCAUGGACAUAACUACCUCACUGCACUGCUCCCCCUUCCUUGCGUUCUGAGUGUCCCAAAGCCUUGGGGUUCGAGAACGUUCCCUUCCAUGGAUAAAAAUUCUGUGUAAUUAGAGCAUCAGUGUGCGGCAGCCACUUAGUGACAAUUGUACCAAGUCAAUGCUGCUUCUGAAAUAAAUAGACCGAAAAAUACU